UAGACCCGCUUUUCCGCCAUGUUGCCUCGACGCCUGUGACGUCCGCAUAACGACUGCUUUUUUUGCGGACGGGGAUUAAUCUUUCCUGCGACCCUUUCGCCGAUUUUUUCGGUUUCGGCCGCUGCUCGGGGCUUGUUUUUGCCUUUUUCGACCUCGGCGCUGGUUCCGGCUCGAAAAAAAGCUCGCUGGAGAAAUUAGUGUUGGCGCUCCCGACUCCCUCUGCCUGAGAGCAGGGCCGCCAACAUGGCGGACGAUGAGGAGAACAAGCUGGCUGCACAAGACGGGGCAGCUCCCCAGCAGCAUGGCACCGACUGCCUGGAGACCCUGGUACAGCAGAGCACCGCAGCCGCGGAGACCGGCUGUGUCAGCGUGCCCUGCAAGCAGUUCGAUACGCACUCGUGCCAAGUGCUGCCGGAGGAGAUCGUGCAGGUGGUGGUGGGGGGGGGAGGAGGAGAAGAGCCCACUCAGGCGGUCAGCACUUUAGCCGAUGUUGCGGGCGGCCUCUUGACCGCCAACGGCAUCAUCAACUCUCUGGCGGAGGCCCCCGCAGCUGGCGGCACUGUGGCAGCAGUGAGCGCGGGUGACUUCGCGGUGGCCGCGGAGGAGCUGGAGAGCAUCUCGAUCGAGUCCACCCCCAGCACCAUUAUUUAUGUGCAGCCCGAUGGCACUUUCGUGGAGGGCACGGGGCUAACCCCGGAGGAACAGCAACAACUGGUCGAGCAGUUAGCAAAGCAACAGGGACUGGUAGAAGUAAGCGAAAGCGAAGCGGCUCAAAUGUUUGGUAGUCAUCAUCAGCAACAGCAGGAACAUGCCCAGUUUGUGCAGCAUGUGGGUCUGACAGAUGACCUCCAGCAAGUCAUCACUCACGUUACAAAGUCUCAGCAGCAAGCGACGCAAUUCAGCAAAAACAGUGUUGUGCAAUUGAACUCUGAGCCUGCUGAAAAUCAAAUUCUUCAGAAGAUCAGCUUGGCAUCGUAUGUUCCUCCAGAAACUCGAGUGCUUUCCACAGAUCAGCAUCAGAUGUUACAAGUGCCUGAGUGCAAUGCUAUGAUGCAGCAGAUGCAUGCCAGUGUUCAUCCAAGUCAGGUUGUCCAAAGGAUAGAUUCGUGCAACCCAACCCAAACUCAGCAAAUAAAUAUUUCCACCCAGUCCCCUACAGUGAACCGGCCUAGUCAACCUAAGAUUCUAACGGCUGUUUCACAGCAGCAGGCUGUCUUUACUCAGCCGUUGACAGUAAUUCACAAUGCAACGCGACAGUUGCAAAAUGCUGCUCACCAGGCUGCUCUUCAGCAGAGUAUCCAACAAAGCAUUGCACGUGCACAGCAAAAGAUGGCUCCAUUGCGAGUUACACCCUCAACCCAGCAUCAACUGGAAACUGUCCAAGUUCAUAUACAGACAGUUCAGCCGCAGGAGGAAAAAGAUAGGCCUAUGCCACCUCUAGCUGUAGUACAGCCCAAACCUGCACCGUCUAGUCAGCUGGCUAACAAAAGGACCACUGUUUCAGGGGGAGUUAAUAUUUCUGGACCUCAGAUUAUUAGAAUCCAGCCAAUUUCAACAUCUGGAACCCAACAGUAUAUUUUGCACAGUUCUUCGGAACCUCCAAUUCAGCUGCUUGUUCAGCGCCAGCCUCCUCCACUUGCACCCGUAAAUGCCAUUCGUGUGAUUCCAGGAGUGAGCAUCAGUGGACAGUCUGGUAUUGCAAGUACCAGUGUAACUGCCAUUACAACAGCUGUAGGAAAUUCAGUUUGUUCCAGCCAUACCAAGAAGCAUGAACCUAGCGAUAAAUCAAAGGAGAAAAAACCUGUGAAGAUUAAAACUCGAUCUGGUCGGAUAUCACGACCUCCAAAAUACAAAGUAAAGGACUACAAGUUUAUCAAAACUGAAGAUUUGGCAGAGGGCCAUCAGUCAGACUCCGAUGAUUAUUCUGAAUACAGUUUUGAUGAAGAAGAUGUGAAAACAAAAGUGGAUGAGUCAAGCCUUUCAAUACCUUGUUCAUUCAAACCCAAAAAAUUCAAAUGUGAUACUUGUGAAAAGUCCUACAUUGGAAGGGGAGGGCUAGCCCGGCAUUAUAGACUCAACCCAACGCAUGGACAGCUGGCUUCUGUCUCUGAGGAACAGAGAACUUCUGUGGACAAAUCCAAUGGUAAUGUGAUAAUUGGGGGCAAUGGAGAUGAUAAAAAUGGUCAAAUGGCUCCUGAACUAGUAGUAUCAUCUGUAGGUACUGACACUACAUCUGUAAUGGUGGACAGCACAGCCCCUUCUUCCCAAGACUUCGAACAGACUGAAAAGGUUGCAUUAGCACGACAUUUUCCAGGACGCCGCCGGACUGUACGCCGUGGUCGACCUCCAAAACAUCACAACAAUGCUUAUCAGCAAGAUCAAGUACUAAAGAGGAAAGCAAGACUAAAAGAGCUCCUCAAACAGUGUGAUGAUGAGGAACUGAUGGAAUUGGCUCUUCCUAGGCUUACAAAAGUCAUUACUCUCUGGGAAUUUCUUUUAAUGAAGGUGGAAAAAGGACGGCCUGCCAGACCACAGUUUUCAGAUGUGUAUAGAGAGUUUGAGAUGCUGCAUAAACAUGUGAAGAAAAUGGCUGAUGAGCACUUAAGUAGUUCCAUUCGGAUGACAAAUCCUCAGCAGCCCUUGCAGAUCUCUUGUACACAGGUUGCUGAGUCAUUAGGAAUAACUGAGUAUACAAACAAAGAAAACCAGCAAGAUGCCAGCAUGUCCCUAACCUACAGAUUAGUCACAGUGGAUGACCAGAAUCAUCUAAAUUCAUCUGGAGAAAAGCAUAGUAUGGAGUGGAAUCUCAAGUUGACAUCUAUUCAGACUUUUGUUGCGUGGAUUACCUUGGAACUGAACAGGCUGACCCUCAGCCAUCACAACUUUGAGCAUGUGGGGCAGGACAUUCCGUCAGAUAGUGGGAGAGACUUUGGAGCCUUAUCCCCAUCAUCGAAACGAAUGAAAAUAGAUGACUCUGUAACAGUGACCGAAACCAACUUCAACCAAAAUGGAAUAGAGAUAUCUGGUGAAGUACAAUUGCAAAACUUAACUACUGAAGAAGGUCAGAAACAAACUCAGUGUCCUACUCUUAAUUCUUCUGAGGCACAGCCAAUAUAUGGACCGGCAGAUGUUCCAGUAUUUGACAAGCAUACAGAUGAUGGAGUGUUAGUUUCUGAGAAUAACAUGAAACGUUCCAGUUCCGUAGAGCAUUCUACUUCUGAAGAAUUGUGCUAUCAGGUAUCUCAAGUAACACUAUCCAGUACUCAACUCCCUUUGUUGGAGCAACAUAAUGAAGUUCUGAAUAGUACUAUAGAGAGUCAAGAUGAUUUUUUAGCUAUGGACACAGAUAUUACAGCAGAGGAAUUAGUUCAAGAACAGUUGUCUUAUCAAAAUAUUCCAGAGCAGCUGAAUGAUACUCAAUUAACCACAGUACAAUCAGAGGAUGAGAUUACUGGUCAGAAUUCACUUCUUUCAGACGUGGAUGAGGGCAACCAAAAAGCUUCUGAAGCAAGCAACUCUGUUCAGGUUUUGCAGCAUCAGCUGGGCAACCAGGAUCCACUUGACAAUCCAGAACAGGCUGAGCAGUUAAAUGAUUCUGAUAUAGCAGACCAGAUGCAGCAGCUUGAAAAAGCAUUGUCUCAUGAUGUGGAGGUUUGUAGUUCUGAAAGUAAUCAUUUACAGCAGCAUCAGCCUGAACAGAUUUUGGAAGCUGACAUCUCUACUGAAGUAGAUCUUGCUGGUCAGGUAUCUCCCGAAGAAUUGAAUGGAUUGCAAGUAGUGAAUCAAAAUAAGAUAAUAGGUCACUUUGAACAGAAUGCUGAUCAAAGAAAUCAGGAGAGUCCAGAAGAUAUUUUAGAAAGCACAGUGACAGAAAAUGGAGCAUUAGAAUUUCAGCUACCUGUUGGAAGUCAGGAAUUGUUGGCUCAGGGACAUGAACAAAUAUUCAUUCAAACUUCCGAGGGCCUAAUCGUAUCACACGAAGGAACUGCUGUUGUGUCACAGACAUCUGAAGGCAUUGUUAUAGUAACUAAUGCUGAUGGCACCACAAUGCAUAUACGAACCCCUGACGGUGUUCCAUUUGAAACUGUAGAAGCACUUCUUGCAAUGGAUUCAGAAGGACAAAGUGAAGGCCUGUUAGUUACACAAACACCAACUGAAGUGGAACAAUAAUUUGGUUGUCCUUGCCCCAUCUCAAAAAAAAACUGAGGAACCUUACUGUCCAAUGAAAUGAGAAAACAAAAAAACAGAGCUGUACAGUUUUCUUGAAACCAAGUCUCCAGUUUCUUUCCUGUUGUGUUACAUUGAACAUUUAUAGCAUUUUAUGUUGAACUUUGUUGUUCCACAAGCUAACAAGACUGGUACAAAACUGGGUGUAAAGUUUCAAGAAUGGUUUACCUUGAAUGUCGCAUUAUGCUUGGCAAGAUAUUUGUAAGUGUGAAUGAAUCUGGGUACAUUUAUUGAAGUACCCUGGGAGAUAGAUGCGAUUGCAAUAGACCAGAAAAUGUGAUGAUGUUGCACUGAAUUUGAAUGCUUUUUCUUUGCAUUUUUGACACCUCAUUGAUUAUUGAAAAUGACUAUCUUGCCAAUAUAGUGUUUGUAUACAUUCUGUUACCAAUUCUUGAAACUGCCAUCAAAAGAUGAAUUGUACUUCCAUGAAAAAUUAUAAUAAAUGUAAAUGCCAUGGUUUCCUUCACUAAUUGAAAAAUCUUAAUUAUUUAACCUUUGUAAUUCAUCUUAAAGCAGGAAAGUACUAAAAUUAACUUGGCCUUACUGUGUUACAAAGUAUCAGUUGUAAAUGGUACAAAACUUCAUUUAAACUUAUGAAAGGCCUGCAGGUUGCAUAAAAGCACUUGGUAGUUUCUGAUUUAAAGUAAUGAACUUAAAUUGCAGUUUUGAAAUACAAGGACGUGUUUUGUUCUCUUUUUAUUGUUUUACUGAUGUAGACAUUGUGAUCACUUAAUCAGAUUAAGAACUUACGACCAAAAGAAUUGGAACUCACUACAAAUAUUAGAGCACAGUGCUUUUUAAUACAGGUAUUAAUUUAAUUGGGCAAUCUUCAAACGUUCAAUUUAAAAGGAAAAGAAAACCUUUUGAGACAGUAAUGAAGUUGAAGCUUUGCAUAUUUAGUUCUGAAGUGCUUGGGUUUCACGUAAAAUUUUUACAAAAAUAGUAUGGCACCAAUGUAUUUUUGGACUCUAAACAUUUUAUUUUAUGAUGGGGUUCAUGGAUCUCUAGCUUUAUUAUCAAUCCAAGGUCAGGAAACAAAGGUUUGUGAAUGGAGAUUUUUCUUUAAAGGUAAGUUCCUUUUAAGUAUAGUUCUGGUUUUUUUUUCUCCUAAAUUUCCCUUUACCAUGAAGCAAUCACCCUUCGUAUUGCAAAAUAAUUUGGCUGAAAAGUCUCUACAUAAUUUUUAGUUUCUAGUCCUUUAUCCAAAAAUUUUUAACAGGCAAUUAGAUUUUUUCGAGAUGGGGUAGUUGCAGCCUGUAGUGCUUAGUUAUUGCUCAGAUGUAAACUUUGUUAGAUAAAAGAUCAAAGUCAGUUCUGUAAUUUCUUGGCCACAAAACUGCAGUUGUAAAGCAGGUUUUUAAUAGCGCGCCCUUACACAUUCCUUUUUUCCACCCCUCCUUCAACUGAUGUAAGUGAUGCAUUUACUGUGAAACUUGGCGUCCUUCAGCAUUGGUUUAAGAGGAUGUGGAAAUGGGAAAGUUGCAUUACUAAGCUAUGUACAUAUCAGCUCAUUUAUUACCUGUGCAGGCGGUUUGUCAAGUAUGUAUUAAGACUGUGUUGUGCAUGUUGGUAGUUUCCAGUUUCUUUAGUGUGCAACAAACCUUUAUCGAACUGCUGUAAUUUGACUGUUGUAAAUAAUGAAAAUAUUUAAAAAUUGAUAUGAAGAUAGUAGAAAAUGGAAUUUAUUUUCUAUUUUAAUAUACAGAUAUUUUGUAAUGUUCUGCUUACCAGUACAUUGUAAUCUUGACAGACAGUUUUGUUGCCUUAAUUGGGGUGUUUAAACACCAUUAGUAAUAUUCUUCAGCCAAUUGGACAGGGAUUGUUGUUAUCAGACAAUUUCACGAUGGAUUUGGCGAUCAAUCAUAACUUUUUAGAGUUAUUACAAAAUGGAACUGCUCUCUGUCAAGGAUCAUUUUUGUAACAAGCCAAAGGUUGGUUUGUACAGUGUAUUAUGAACCAUUGUUAAACUGUUAUAAAUAUUUGCUGUAGAAUUUAAUGCAGAGCACUUGUGAUUUUCUCACUACGUGGGUCUAAAUAUUUUGGAAAGCUGCUAAGCUGAUUUAAUAGGGUGAAAAUCUUACAAGUCUACCAUCAAGCUCCAUUAACCAUUAGCAAUAUAUGGAAUAGUUCAAAAAAUGCCACCAUAACAGCAUUUUUUUUUUGCAGUUUUAGUAUUCUUUGUUUUUACAUUGCUUGAGAAUGCAAGACAAAAUUUAACUUUAAAUAUCUUUCAGGACCAUUGUUUAAUAAUUUCGACAAAAUUAUUUUU